GGCGGGACAUAUACAACCAGUCGUGCUCCCGGAAGUUGUCUUCAUUCACCUCAUCGUUGACUUCUGCGGCCAUCCAGACUCACAUCGUCUCUGCCGAUAUGCGCAAUUUCUUAUUGUUGAGUGCACUAGCAUGUCUUCAUGGCCUAGGUUCCGCGCAGGAGACAGUCAACCGUACCUUGACUCAAGGCUGGGGCACUGUGCCUUCGCAGAGGAGAUAUAUCAAUGCUGCGCAAGCACGAGCUGUGAUUGAGGCUGGUGUGCAGCAGUCUAUGGCCAUCGGAGUACCGAACAGCAUCGCUGUGCUCGACCCUUCAGCACAACUGGUCGCCUUCUUACGAAUGGAUAAUGCCUUCUUGAGCAGCAUGGAUAUUAGCAUCAAGAAAGCCAAGACUGUGUCGUUAUUCAAUGGGCUUUACCCCUCGAGUGUCCUGUACAAUCGUUCUGAGCCAGGUGGCGAUAUUUAUGGCAUUGAGCAGACGAAUGGCGGACUAGUUGUCUUUGGGGGCGGCCAGCCAAUUGUUGACCUUGAGGGCUAUUGGAUUGGCUCGGUGGGAGUUAGCGGAGGCACAAAUGAGCAAGAUGUUGAUGUCUCUAUUGCAGCCGCUCGGAGUGUCGGUGCAAGGAGCGCUUGAGUGGUUGAUGGUGCAGUUGUCUCGGCACGCUAGGACUUUGGUAUGAAGGGAGAAUAGCGCGAAGGCUGUGGCUGUGAAGGCAUACCUUAUUAGACAGCUCCAAGGCCCGAUUCUGGUCGAGCGGGGAAAUUGGCGUACACUUUCAUGAGCCUUUCAACGCCAUACUGC